AUGGGGCCAGUGCUUCCUCUAAAUCCUCUCUUGGAUCGACUAUGGGUGAUUCCCAUAGUGACACAUGAUGAUGACAGCGAGGAACUAAGUGAAGAAGAGUUAGCCAAACGCAAGGAAUUUGAACGCAAACGAAAAGAGGUGGCUACACCCGAAGGACUGGACAUAAAGGCCGUCUUAGGUCACCGAAUCUCCAUUCCAGGCGCUGAUGGUGAUGAAGAUGAGGACGAAGAAGAUGUUGAUGAUAAAUGUGAGGAUCCACGGAAUUUGCAGAUAAAAGACGGUGCCGCGGGAAGUGUAACCUCUUCCCCUCUGAAAAGCCUUCAGAAUCCACAGAAGGUCGGAGAGGAAAAGGAGUAA